UAUUUUGCUAAUGUAAGUAACUGCAGAAAAAAUUUGUACUUUUUCGAAUCCUCUUUCAUCUCCACAUGAAGUCAAUGGAUCAAUUUAUAUGGUAUCUGAGAAUGGAGACAUUUUAAUAAUGACUAAUGAACUUAAAAUUGACACUAGAAUGGGAGGACAACCAUCUUCAAUUACAAUAGAAAGGGAUCAUACAGUUAUUUAUAUUGCUGAUAUGGCACAUCAAGCUAUUACAUAUAAGCAAUUAAAUUAGCUUUAAUAAUAAUCUAAUAUAAAUUAAGAAGCAGCAAAAGAUUUUGUUACAGAGUAUGAGGGAAUGCCAUUCUUAGGUCCUAAUUAAGUUAUCAUAUCAUAUAUAAAUAUAAGUAAUAAUAAAUAAUUUAUAAUUAGAUGCAAUCUAUUUUACAGAUUCAGGUCCUUUUGGGGAAACAAGUGUUGAAAAUCCAAUUGGAUCAGUUUUUAUGGUUGAUUUGGAUGGUCAAGAAAUUAAACCAACUGCAUUAGCAUAUAGAUGUUUAGCUCAUCCAAGUGGUUUAGCUUUAAGUCACGAUGAAAAAAAUUUAUUUGUUAGCGAAACAUGUGAGAAUCGUAUCAUAAGAUUUGUACUUACAAGUUCUGGAAUCUAUGCUUUUAGGUAUAAUUUAUAUUAUUAUCAAGUGUUUAUCAUCAAUUUUCAGGUAGAUUUGGACCAACUGCUCUUGUUAUUUCUUAAUCAGAUUUUCUUUAUGUUGCUCGAUUUGAAUUUUCAAUAGGAAAUGAUCAUGAUAUGGGUUUGAUAUCUGUUUUGAAUCCUUAAGGCUAAUUGUUAGAAAAUAUUCUUAUUCCUGGAAGCCCAGAAAUCACUGGAAUGUGUUUUUCUGUAAUUAAACCAACAUUUUUAUAUUUGACAGAUAAUUCUAAUGGUUAUAACCGUUUACUUAAAUGUGUUAUUCCUUUAGAAGAUAAAGAUGAAGAAAAGAAAAAGAAAGACAAAGACUCUUAUAAGGUUAAAUGAUUUAUUUAAUUAAUUAUUUAUUUUUAUU